AUGUCUCUGAGGAAGUACAGAUUAGAAAGUCCUUUCUCUUGCAUGGUUUAUACUCGGUGUGUUAUUACUAAUCACAAAUUCAAGGCAGGCCCCUUCUGUGGCUUGCUCAUUUGUUGUCGUUGCCGUUUCACUUCUUGUUGGCAGUAUGUUGUCCGCAAUACUUGGUGUUUGAAGGAUGCCAAAUUGGACAUAAGCCGUGUCCAUGAUGUUGUUCUUGUUGGUGGAUCCUCAAGAAUUCCCAAGGUGCAGCAACUUCUACAAAAUGUUUUCAAGGGUAAGGAGUUGUGCAGAGGCAUUAACCCGGAUGAGGCUGUGGCUUAUGGUGCUGCUGUUCAGGCUGCAAUCUUGUGUGGCAAGGGAAAUGAGAAGCUUCAAGACCUCACUCUUUUGGAUGUCACCCCUCUAUCACUCGGUGUGGAGACUGGACGAGAGUGUGACAUGACAGUUGUGAUUCCAAGAAACACUAAAAUGCCUGUCAAGAAGAAUUAUACUGUUACUACUCGCCAUGACAACCAAGCCGUUGUUCGAUUCUCCAUUUAUGAGGGUGAGAGUACAACCACCUUGAAUAAUUACUAUUUGGGUGAUUUUAGGCUCAAAGAUAUUCCUCCAGCUCCAAGGGGUGUCGCUAAAUUCAACAUUUGCUUUGAAAUUGAUGCCAACGGAAUUCUGAAUGUAUCCGCUGAGGACAUGUUGACUGGCCAGAAGAUGGGGAUUACCCUCAGCAGCAACAAAACUUGUGAGGGAAUUGAGAAGAUAAUGUAAGAAAGAUCAGGACAUGCUGAAUACUGACACGGUCUCCUAUGACUGAUUCUCUGAGACAACCUUUGCUUUUAUUGUAAUUAUUUUUCCAACUAUUAUAGUAACUUGAAUUGCUGCUGUUAAUUAUUUAGAUACCUAUGAUAGUAACUUCGAAAACUAACAUGUUUGGGACUAAGAAGGGAGUUUAGA